AUGGAACGCGUUGAACUUCUCCAUCCAUCUUCCCAUGUACCUAGCCACGAGACUAGUGCUUGGCAUCUCACAGCAGAAAUAGAAUCCGAAGUCACAACCCUAGCUGCAAUCUGUCAAGUCAAGCAUCAACAACGUGCUCCCUUGGAGACAAGUGAGGACGGAGAGGUGGACUACGCGGAAAGCUCAGACGAUGAUGAGAUGGACGGCGAUGAAGAGCCCUCGACGAGCAUUGCCGCUUCUUUGACGGUGGAGGGUACGCAGUCGGUUAAGAUGCGAUUUCUCGAUCGGCUGGCUGAAAUACUCUGCUACAAGAAGGAAGCGCACUAUGUAACUUGUGCAGCUAUGCAGGUGACUGUUGACAAGGUGAAUAUUCUAGCAGUGAGGAAUGCUACAUGGGAGGAAAAGGACAUCAAACUCCUAGCGGAGAUUGCGGUGCAGCUAGAACUAGUCGCAAAAAGAGGUAUGCUUGGAAUUUUUAUUGACGAGUAUCAACCCGUUCCCUCCAAGUCUGACCUACAAUCGAUAUCAGAAUUCCUCAACACGGAGUCCAUAACAGGACUCCAAGCAAUGCUCAGUGAAUACUAUACUCCGCGUCUUAAUUAUCAUGCAUCAAAGCUCCUCGCUCUGAUAAAAAAGAAGAAAGAAAUGCGAAUCCUGAUUGCAUGUUUAAAGGCAUUUCUUUCAGGAGAGAUUGCUUCAACAACCCUAGUGGAAAUUAUCGACGAUCUUUGCUACAGCACAAAUUUCUACUCUGGAAUCAACCAACUAUUUACAGCAAAGCAAGCCAAACGACUAAAUCGUGAGCUGGGCUUUCUUUGUCGACCUCGAUACGCCUGCACCACCUUUUGGGAAGCAGCGCGCGAGAUCGAAGGCUUCCAUUGUAUAAAGUUUACGCUUGUCCCCGGAGCUAAGGCAAAGCGAGUUCCACCGAGCAUCUCGCUACGCACCCAAUCAUUAACCAAAGCGAACCAAAAGAAUUUGGAUGUGGUACUCCGAAAGAAGAAAUGGAUCCAUGCCGAAAUGGGAAUGGUUACUCAUCUUAUUAGCAAAAACAGCGUGGCUCAAACUUUUCCAUAUCUCGGUAUCAGCAAGAAAACAUGUUUUAUGUGUGGCCACAUUCUGCAGAGCUUGGGUCUCUUUCGAGCGCGCAACAAUCAUGGCAAGGUUUAUUCCCAAUGGACGCUACCCAGCUCUCUGAUUGUCCCGUCCUUACAUCAAGAAAAACUAGAUCUCGCGGUUCAGAACCUUCAUGAUGUGCUGCGGCAUGAGUGUGCUGUGGAUGAUGACCAGCAUAUCGAUGCGGUCAAUGAGUCAACUAUCUCAACUCCAGUAGCACCAAGAGCAGCGACAUGGUCCCCAUUCAAUCGCCAUAUCCCAGAUCCUAGAAUCCAGGCAAGGCAAGCGGAGUGGUUGUCAACCUGCAACUCAAGAGCAAUGGCUGGCAGAGCCAAACAAAGUCACACGAACUUUCCUGAUAUAUCGCAUGUUCCAGAAAGGGACGAGACACAACCUCCAGAGUUGAAUGGUCCCCAGUCUUGCGCCCAAUGUCGUACGACAACAGACCCACUGACGCCCUGCACAGAAUGUGACGCGGCAUUAUACUGUAGCAAAAAAUGCCGAACUCUGCAUUGGCUCCAGCACAAGUAUACCUGUAGGCUCGGACGACCCUUGGACGAGGCAGACGACUUUAUUCUGGCGUGCCAACGGGAGGAGUUUCCAACAGAUGAACCUGUGACAAAGGCCUUUGGCUUCCGAUACUUCGCAUCCGCCUACGACCGACAAAGGCUUUUCCAAAUAUAUUGCCAGCUAGUGAACAGCUUUAAAGUCACAGAAGAUGAGCUUCGGGAGGCAUGGCGAAGCAACAAACUGAAAGAGUUCCUCCUCUUCCGCGGCUCCCAGAUACCUUCUCCCACGCUUCAACGAGAAAUCCGUUGGUUACAUCAGCAGGAUGGCUUCGCCUCCGGCGCAGUACUUGACAUGGGCGAGAGUUUCAAGUCGCUAUUGCAUUUAGUCGAGUCAGGAGAUCGCAAGAUUCCUCUCCAUCAGUGGGAGCCGCGAGAGAAAAUCGAGGCAUACACAUUCUUCUAUCAAAUGCUAAAUGGAUUCGUCCCAGAUGCAGAGGAAGACAACUGGAUUUUUCUUGGCUUCUGCACGGCUCGAGACUAUGAUGGUAUUACGAUGCUAGCGGACCUCUACAAGGUACUUAUCGGCAAGUGCAAAUUUCAAGAAUUUUGGAAGGCCAUGGAACAGUCUGAUAUGGUCGGUCUGUUUGACAAGUACGGCCUUGGGCACGGCAUCGCAAAAUUGCGCAAUUUCGGAACUCUCAUGAAAGAUGUUGGAACCUGGUAUCAGAGUGUUUGGGAAUUAAAGCGCUUUACUCGACUGCCGACCGCAGAACCGAUGCAAGCUGCCGCUUUAGAUUAUGGGUUUUGCAAUUGUCAGACACCGCUGGAGCGAAUGGCUCUUCGAGGAAUGUACGCGGAAUUCUUCGCCCGGGGUGGGGACGAGAUGGGCCUACAUCAGGCCUGUAUUAAUGGCGAAUUGGCGUCAUUUUUGCUGUCAGAGUCGCAGAAAUUUCAUGUUUCGGCUGAGCUGCUGUCGAAUCCGUAUCCUUUAUAUCGAUGUGGACACAUGGGUAUGGUAGUUGAAAACGCGAUUCUUUGUUCAGAGUCCAACUACGAGCUCGUGAAGAAGUCACACGAGGAGAUGGGAGAGAAGGGAGUUAUAUUGACACAUCCUGAUGAGCAGGACGAGGGGAUCAGCGAAGACAUCAAAGAACGAUCACAGUUUUUGGGAGGGUUGGUGAGGAUACGGAAGACAGAGGUUCAAGGAGUGAAUCUGAAAGAAAUGGCUAUGAUGUCUUGA